UUAUUUCUCUCUAAACAGUCAAAUAGCUCAGCGUUAAGCGUUCUCUCUUUUGUAAUUGCAGCUUCGGUUUCCGGGUCACAAAAAAGUUGUCCACUUUCGCAAACACUUUGACAUUUAAGGGUCUACUGAACAUGAAUGUUUUUGUUAUUAACUUCCUUUUUCUUCUUCCUUCAACUAAAGCUCGCCCCACAGCUCCUUUCUUCCCUUUUAAUGCAAAAGCCCUCCCGUUUACAAAAGCCAUCACUGGACUUUGCAGAGAGUGAGUCACCUUCAUGGUGAAGCUCAUUGGUCAAAAAGCUUCGUUUUUAUAGCCGAAUUUGUGGGGUUUAUGCAACCCAUUUUCAGCUCUCUUGCUUUCUUCAGACGCUCGUGAGGAGCCGUAUCAUCGCUUUCUGGUGACUUGCGGCUUGAAUAUGAAGAAUGAAGGAAGAUUUGGAUUUUAGUUAGUGAUUUCUGAAUGCCCAUUUGGUUUUUGAUUGUUUUCUCAUAUCAUUUCUUCUUCAUCUUCCAAGCUCUGAACCUGGCCUCCCCCGAUCAACUUGUUUGUUAAUGAGUUCGAUUCUCAGAUAUACUGUUUCAAGAGAAAGAAGACGGAAAGAAAAUGCUGCAGAACAGAGAGAUGCCAAUUCACAUGCGUUGCAAGAGCUCCCCUGACAAGGAUACUUCUGAAGAACUGUUGGAUAAUUCCUUUGAAGCAUCGAAUCGAAUAAAGCUGGACACAAGCUACUUCAAGGAAUCUGUAAGGACAGAGAAGAAAAACUUCCCAAAAACAAACGUGCACUCUUCUCUAAAACAAGAGAUUCUUCAGCUUGAAAAGAGAUUGCAAGACCAAUUCAAGGUUCGCACGGCACUCGAAAAAGCAUUAGGAUAUAGGUCCUCUUCUCAAGAUAACAUGAACGACAUUGAAGUACCCAAGCCAGCCACUGAAUUGAUCAGAGAGAUCGCAGUAUUGGAAGUGGAAGUCUCACAUUUAGAACAAUAUCUUCUCUCUUUGUAUCGAAAAGCAUUUGACGGUCAGAUAUCCUCUACAUCUCCAUCUACCAACAACGAAAAACUAAAAUCACCUAUGAACUCCCCAACAGCCAAGUAUAUUGUGAAUUGCUUACCUGGCAUUACAUCGAAAAAGGAAGAUAAAGCUGUUCAGUCUGGUUAUGAUGCUUUUGGAUAUCCAGUGAAGGAAUAUAGCGGAAUUGGCGAAGACAACCUGUUGGACUCUAGUGUCCGUCGUUGUCACUCAUCGCUAUCACAUUAUUCAGUUUUCUCAAAGAGAACUUCUCUUCCAGAAGAUUCUUUGGGUAAAGCUGUACGGCCUUGCCUUUCCCAGCCAAUGUCCAUGAUGGAGUUUGCUCAUAAUGCUUCAUCCAAUUUAACGAGUCUAGCAGAGUACCUCGGUACUCAAAUAACAGACCAUAUUCCAGAGAGUGCCAACCGUCUUUCUGAAGAUAUGAUCAAGUGCAUAUCAGCUAUAUAUUGCAAACUUUCAGACCCACCUUUAUCACAUCAUGGUCUUUCCUCUCCGGUUUCAUCUUCAUCACCAAUCAGUGCAUUCUCUCCACAAGAUCAGUUUGACAUGUUGAAAAAUAGUCCAACUUUUGAUAUACUACUGGAUAAUCCUUUCCACGUGGAAGGUCUUAAAGAGUUUAGUGGCCCGUACAGCACUAUGGUUGAAGUGCCAUGGAUUUAUAGGGAUAGUCAGAAGUUGAUCGAAAUCGAGCACUUGUUACAAGAUUUCAGGUCGCUUAUAUCAAAGUUAGAGGAAGUCGAUCUGAGGAAGCUGAAUCAUGAGGAAAAGCUAGCUUUCUGGAUCAACGUUCACAAUUCUCUGAUGAUGCAUGCAUAUUUGGCUUAUGGUAUACCACAAAACAAUGUGAAGAAGAACUUUCUUCUCUUGAAGGCUGCAUAUAACAUAGGAGGUCACACGAUCAGUGUCGACACCAUACAAAGUUCGAUACUUGGAUGUCGGAUGCCUCGACCUGGACAGUGGCUCUCCCUUAUCCUUCCCUCAAAGUCAAAAUUCAAAAACGGAGAUAGACGCCAAGCCUACAAAAUCCACCGGCCGGAACCGCUUUUACAUUUUGCACUUUGUACAGGCUGCCAUUCUGACCCUGCGGUUCGUGUCUACACGCCCAAAAGAGUUAUGCAUGAGCUCGAGACAGCAAAAGGAGAAUACAUACGAGCCACAUUCGGUAUACGCAAGGACAAAAAAGUCGUUCUACCAAAGAUCAUCGAUUCAUUUGCCAAAGAAUCAAGACUGUGCACGACUGGUACAAUGGAAAUGAUCCAGAAGUCUUUGCCUGAAUCUCUUAGGAAGAACGUCACAAAAGGCCAAAAUGGAAAGUCCCGCAAGAACGUCGAAUGGAUGCCGCACAACUUCAGUUUUCGGUAUCUGAUAUCGAGAGAAAUAGUGAGUUCGCUAAACCGGGCCGGGCAGGGCGGAGAGCAGCAGAUGGCAGCAUAUGAGGCAUUCUACCAUUGUAUUGUAAAUGUAAGCAGUCACAAGGACACCAAAGAACUAGAUCAAGGAAGAAGAAUGAUGCACAGAAUGAACAAACCAUAUUGAUUCGAACCUCAGAUUGGUACUUCGAAAUCAAAAUCAAAUUUUUUCUUCCAAAUACUUGCUAUAGUUACUGUUUAGUCAACUUCGAAUCUUCACUUUUGUAUAGUUAUAAUAGUUGAUGUGUUUCAUCAAGUUUAACAAUGAUGAAUAAGAUGCCAACACAGCAUAGUUU